UCUCGGCGCGCAGAGCGCAGUUUCACGCCGCGCGCACGCUACUCCACGUCCGUAACACGCUUGGCACGCGCAUGUUUUGACUGUCUGCCUCGACUGCUCUCGCUGCAUUUUGCUGCGCCGGACGAGGACGUGCGCCCCGGAGAGGCGUCGGCUCGAGCUUGACCACCCUGACAAUGCUGCCGGCAGGCCGCGAGAUCGUCGCAGCUGUGGUGCAAGCACGACAGCCGAAAAGCAGCAUUGGUUACCUUACCCUCGGCGCCAGCAGUUCCAGCAGUAGCAGCAACAGCAGCACUGCAGCGCCCAGCCGAUCCAACGCCAGGGAGCAGCAGGCGUCGGCACCCCCAUGCACGCUGGUUCGCCCAACACGGAGCCUUUGAAGUGGAAGGAGGAGGAUGGGUGCGCGUCGCUCCGGGUCAGGCGGCGGCCGAAGCAGCGCGAGCAUCCUCAAGGAACGCGCCAAUAUGUCGUUCAUGCUCGUCGUCAUGUUUUUCGCGGUGUUCGGCUUAAUUGUCCUCACCGAGAUAUUCCUGAUAGACGAGAGGCGCGGCACAGCGGUCGGCGGUGGUGGUGCUCUCGGUGGUCAUCGCAGCGGUCAUCGACUUGCCGCUGCACCCGAUCGACCUGAUUAUGAGGAGGUUGGCGCGGAAGACUACGCGGGAAUGAAAAGUGGCGUCGAGGAGCAUCUGGGCAUGCUGGUGCGCGGUGACGAGUCAAGGAUAGCCGUUGCAGCAGCAAUGCCAGCGGAUCCACGGGAUUUGGCGAGCUUGCCGACGAGCCUGGAGUCACGGCUACCGCAGCUCGACCAGGCACUGAAACUCACGAACGCGGAGUGGCUACCUGUCACCAAUACUAGGUUUAAAUUUUUUGUAUAUUCGGCUUACUACGACGAGAGAAUUACGGGCAAUAAUCCGGCGAGCCGCAGCUCCAGCUCGGGGGGAGUCGUUCGUGUUAUCGGCGCUACGAAAACCAGAGGACCCGACAGGGUUUGGUGCAGGCUGUGGUACCUCACACAUAACUCGGAUAAUGCCACGACUUCGAUAACAGUUGCGGCUAAAGUCAAGGUGAUCAGGGAGAAUUGGAAUCUGAAGUACAGCGCGUGCUUUGUGAUCUGCCCGCUGCCGAAGGAGACGCCAGCGCAAGUUUCGGACCGGGUGCCACAAUCGGUGAGCAUAGUAGCGAGGCUACGCACACCGCCGACCAAUCGGCUUCUCGUGCGCAAUCGACCAGUCGACAGGCCCAAGGAACGGCGGCCUCUCGCCGUUUGCGUCAAGCCUUUGCACUACGAUUACAAUAGGGUGCUCCAACUAAUCGAGUUCAUCGAACUGCACAAGAUCUUGGGCGCGAGUCACGUAACUCUGUACAACGACACGCUGGGUAGCGAGGCUGGCUGCGCUUUGAAGUAUUACGAGGCGAGAGGCCUGGUGACGCUGCUACCUUGGCAUCAUUUGGAUAUGGUGUCGCAGCGUGAAAUACGUACCGAAGGCCUCUUCGCCGCCCUCAACGACUGCCUGUAUCGCUCCAUGUACUCGUACGAGUAUCUCGUCCUACUCGACCUCGACGAGUUCAUCAUUCCCAGACACGACGAGACUAUACUCGAUCUCAUAAGGUGGAUGAACACGCGGGUCAACGGAAAAACGACGGGCGCCUAUUCCUUUCAGAAUGCCUUCUUCUACCUACAGUGGCCGGACGACCCGUACGUAACAACCUCCCGACGCGCCACGGAAGCCGGCCUCAUAACUCUUCGCAAAACUCGCCGCCGCUCCAAGUUACAUCCCCAUAAGCAACGUUCCAAGUACGUCUGCAGACCGCGCGACGUCGUCGAGACGGGCAACCACUUUGUGUGGGAAUUCGUACCGGGCCACGGCACCGUGAACGUACCUGCCGACGCGGCGAUCCUCCACCACUACCGAGUUUGCGAAUUCGGCGGCGACGAUUGCGUGAAGACUGCCUCGGUCGUCGAUCGAACUGCUUACAAAUAUCUCGACAAACUGGCCGAAUCGGUGGAAAGUACGUGGCAGGAGCUCGUGAAAAUCUGCCCAGGCAUGCCCGAGCUGAAGCCGCCGCCACGCGAGGUGGCCAAGAACAGCGUCGAGAGGUAGCAGAUAAUCACGGGCGACGAGCUGCGCGUCGACGUAAAGCAGCCCAUCGCUGGUGAUUUUGGCUUCGUUUUGGCCAACUUCACCGGCAGGCCGAUACUUGCUAGGACGUACUUUUACAAUUAUGCGUGAAAACAUUUGUUACUGUUGACGUGGAAUGACGAUGGAUGAGCGUGGAUGAGAUGUAGAGCGUAGUCUGUUUGAUAAACAAUUAUGCCGAUAUGUGAUCGACCUUUCGCUUUCUUUGAGACUUCUGGCUCUGCCAUAUUUGUUUUAUUUCCAAAUACUCGGUAAACGCGCUCGACGACAUUGUUUCAGCGCACAUCUCGGUUCGAGUUGUUGACAAAGUUCAGCACUGCAUGCUUGAGAAGAGGACCUUGUCAGAUUUUAAGUGGUGUAUUUUUCUACGUAUAAGCAUUUUUACACGUUGUUGCUUGUUAUUCAACUGCGCUACAUUAAGUUUCAAUUCAGUUACGCUUGAUCAGUCAAAAUUGACACUUUUAUGCCCGAUGCAACUGUGAAUUAUACAACAGAAAGGUUAUCAAAUAUUUUCAAAUACAGAGCACAUUGAACUAUUAAGAGAAAUAAAACUAUUUCGUAUAACUACAUUGUAGAUGACUUUUGCACAUAAUAGAGAAGCAAAUCAAAAUUGUUUGCUAUCUAACUCGUGUAAGGCAUAACUGACGCACAUGAAGGUAAUGAGAUAAAAUGCACAAACUCACUCGACUAUACCAAUGCCAGAAAUUCUGUGCAACAAACAAGAUCAUGACGUUCCAUCCAUCUACAUAAGAAUAAGACUUACUGCAUUUUUAUGUAAAAGUAACUUGUACGUUAAGAAACUUAAGCUCAAUGUUCAGGCACAUGAAUGAAAAUCUCUCUCAAAUAAUUGUAAAAGUGCUAUACUCAACGUUUAAACGUUUAAAUAUUCUUGCUAUCUUUAAUUUUAAGCUCGUCAAGUUACUAUGAAAGAAAAUCAGAUUAAAAAAGCUUGACAAGUGGAUAGCACGAUGUCAGAAAUUAACUGUUUAAAUAUGUCUGAUCGGACAAGUAUUGAAUUGGUAUAAUAGUUUCCCGAUUUGAAAUUUUACCAGUGGUUAUUAACGAUAAUUUGAGUUUCUUUAACGAUAUUUUUCAAAUGUCUUUACUAGACGAUUUUGUUGUCAAAACCACGUAAAUGAAAAUUCAUAUUUUAAACUUAUUCAUAUUGAAAUCACGUCAUUCUUUCAACGCAUUCGUAGAAAUAGUAGGUUCCGAAAAAGGCAAUAAACUAACAGUUCACUAACCGCAAUAUAAACAAAAUACAAUUAUAAACAGUUGUAAAAUUCGAUUAAAAGUGUCUACGAACGUGUGGAUAUUUUUUGUAAGAAUCUAAAUCAAUCUCCGUCAACGAGUUGAGAAAUAUGACGGAGGAUAUGAAAUUAUACCUAAAAUCUAAAGAAAUAUAAAAAUGAAUAAAAUGGUGCACGCUCUGGUGCUUUCUUUCAAAUUCUGAAUGUGUGAGAUGCGUUAAAGUAUAAAGAAAAUAUUUCGUCAGAUAAUUUGGGUCUAAUAUUGUAUGAGUAAAUUUUCUGCAAAUAGUAUUUUUACCUCUGAUCGGCAACUUGUUUGAAUAUAUGCUAUAAUUUAAAUAGUGCCAUUCAAUUAAGAUUAGAAAUAUAUUAUCUGAUGAAAAAUUUUUCUAAAAUCAAAAGACUUUGUAAAAUAUUAAUCUCAACUAUUAGGUAUGUGAGAAAGAAUUCUAUAAUAUAAGCUUACUCCUCACAAUGGCAUUUAUAUGUACGUGUGUGUGUGUAUGUGUGUGUAUGUAUGUACCAUCGCGGCCUAUAGUUAUUUUGAUCUAGUGUAUAAUUGAGAAAAUCUUAUUAUUACAAAAAUUGGAAAACUUAUAAUUAAAUAUGAUUCAUUUUUUUACAAAUUAUUAAUUUAUUUUCACGAUGCUCUUUAAAAUACAAUAAAGAGUGACAGUCACGCAUAUCGAUAGUUAGUAAUUAAUAUAAAUAUCUGCAUAAAUAUUUGUAAUAAGUCAUAGUGUAUAGGAUUAUUAAGAAACAAAAUGAUCUCAAAUUUUCACUCGUAUAAAGCAAUUUGCUAAAGAUUUAAAAAAAUCAAUAAAAUUAAUUCAAAUAUGAUUCUUAUCACGUUUUAAAUUAUUUGAUGAGUUAUGAUUAAUAAUUGAUAAACAAUUUGUAUGAAAUAAUUUUUACCAUUGUGAUAAUUUAACAUUUGAUUUAAAUACAUUUUCUAAUUUUCUAGAUAAACAAUGAUGGAUAUUAAAAUUGUUCGAUGCGAAAAUUUAUUCAAAAUAUAAUUUACAUAUAUAAUGCCUAUAUAUUGAUACAGUUAUUUAAAUAAAUUGAAUACGAGUUAUGCAAAUUUAUUCAUAUGCUAUUUAUUUUAAUAAUUUAUUUUUAUUGAUAUGAACGAGUGUUUUGAAACUGAUGCUUGAAUCAAAAUUUUGAAUAAUGCAAAUGUUUUUAGGAACGUACUUCUAUUGUUUGUUACUAAUUAUUUGAUAGAAUGAUCUUCUGUGUUUAAACGGCCAUUGCGGUUAAAAAUACCCUGUCAAUUUUAUAAAAUCUGUGCGAACAUUCAUAAAAUAAUUUUUUUUAAAUAUGUACAUAUAUUAAAAACUAUAGGAUACCUUAUUUCAAAGUAAUUAUAAUUGUCGAUCAACUUCCAUGAAAUCAGUCAACAAACAUUGUAAUAAACGAUUAUAAAAUCAUAUUUUUAAUGUACUCAGACUGCUAAUACAAGUCAACAACGAUGUAUGUUAAUGGUGCUCUAUUCUGCAUAUCCAAAGCACUUGUUAAUUUGAAACUUGAAAUGAAGUUCUGUGUAAAAAAUAUUGCAAAGAGUAGAUGAAUCAUGGCUAUUUAACUAAAAUUUAUUUUAAAUUACUUUAGAAAGAGGCUUUGAUUUUUUGAACAAUAUAUUGCAUCUUUUACGAAUGUGUUCAACUCUAAAAAGUUUAUAUGAAUUAUGAAGAAAAGAACGUUUAAGACAAUUGAUUACCAUUUUAUUGCUACAUACUAAAUAAAUAAA